AUGCGCGUGCUGGGCGAUGAAUACAUCAAGGCAGAAUUCCGGGCGCAUCGCAAGGUGGACAAUCCCGCCCAUCUGAUUGGGUUCCUCACAGAGUGGCAAUUAUACGCACAGAAAGUCGAAGGUGAUUCAUGGAAGGGUGAGAAGAUUGAAGAGGGCAAACUGCAGAAGUUGUCGGACGAGCAGGUCCACCAACUCUACGAACUCAUGCAGGCGAUUCAGAAGCGCGGGUCGGAUGACGACGGGUCGAGCUCGUAA